AUGAGUUACAAUGAAGUAAUUUUGGACUCAGGAGUGGCUGAGCAGACAAUUGAUAUAGAAGGAGAAACUCUCUAUAUUCAAGUUCUUGGAGCAGGAUGUGAAGUAGGCCGUUCAUGUGUAGUAGUAUCAUUCAAGGGCCGCUCAGUAAUGUUCGAUUGUGGGAUACAUCCAGCAUUUUCAGGUAUCGGAUCUCUCCCAGUAUUUGAUGCAAUAGAUGUGAGUACAAUUGAUCUUUGCUUGAUCACUCACUUUCAUUUGGAUCAUUCUGGAGCAACUCCUUACUUUGUUAGUUUGACAGAUUUUAAUGGAAAAGUCUUCAUGACUGAGCCUACUAAAGCUAUUUGUAAGUUAGUUUGGCAAGAUUAUGCAAGAGUUAAUAAAUUCUCUGCUGGAAGCAUUGAAUCAGAGGAGGCACCAUUAUCAAGUAUUAACUUAUUUACUGAGAAGGAUAUUGAAAAAGCCAUUAAUAUGACUGAAAUUAUCGAUUUUAGGCAGCAAGUUGAGCUAGAUGGGAUUAGAUUCUCAUGUUAUGGUGCAGGACAUGUAUUAGGAGCAUGUAUGUUUUUGGUAGAAAUUGGAGGAGUUCGGAUUCUUUAUACUGGUGACUAUAGUAGAGAAGAUGAUCGUCAUGUUCCAAGAGCAGAAAUACCACCAGUCGAUGUACAUGUUUUGAUUUGUGAAUCUACUUAUGGAACAAGAAUACAUGAACCACGUAUCGAUAGAGAAAAAAGGUUUCUUGGUGGGGUUCAGUCAAUCAUCACAAGAAAGGGAAAAUGCUUACUCCCAGUUUUUGCUAUUGGUAGAGCUCAAGAACUUCUUUUAAUUUUAGAGGAACAUUGGUCGAGAACUCCGUCGAUUCAAAAUGUCCCAAUCAUAUAUGCAUCUCCUAUGUCAAUCAAAUGUAUGAGAGUUUUUGAGACUUAUAUUAAUCAAUGUGGAGAAUCUGUUAGAAGACAAGCAGAUUUGGGUAUUAAUCCUUUCCAAUUCAACCAUAUUAAAACCGUCAAUUCACUUAAUGAAAUUAAAGAUAUUAUCUACAAUCCAGGACCUUGUGUGGUAAUGGCAGCUCCAGGUAUGCUUCAGAAUGGUACAUCCCGUGAUAUAUUUGAGAUUUGGGCUCCUGAUAAGAGAAAUGGUAUUAUUUUAACAGGAUAUGCUGUUAGAGGAACUCCGGCUUAUGAGCUUCGUAAAGAACCUGAAAUGAUUCAAUUUGGAGAAAAAAUCAUACCAAUGAGAGCUAAGUUUGACCAAAUAUCCUUCUCAGCUCACUCUGAUUUUGCACAAACUCAAGAAUUUAUCAACAAUUUAAAGGUUCCGAAUGUCAUUCUUGUUCAUGGAGAAAGAGGAGAAUGUAAGAAACUUAAAGACAAGUUAAAAGAACUAUCUCCUUCUUUAGCAGUAUUUGCUCCUGAAAUCCUUCAAAAGGUAGCACUAACUUUUCCCACACAACAAGGAAUACACGCAAUAGGAAGUAUUACUAAUGAAAUCAAGAAUUUGUCAAGUAAAGAAGAAAGUGAAAAGCUUUUGCUUGUAAAGGGAGAGCAGGAUUACCAAAGUGAUGCAAAUAGUGCUUGUAUUAAGAAGAUGAGAAAAGGGAGCUCUCAAAUAGAUGUUGAUGAAACUUUGUUAAUUAUGCGUCCUUUUGAACCAACAUUACUAAUGAAGCCACAAGACGUAUCAGAAAUCAUAGAUGUGAAAAAAUCCUGUAUAAAACAAACUAUGAGAAUUCCAUUACCAGAGAAUUGUGUAAUUGACCUUAUAAAAUUAGAGAAAGAAAUUGAGAAAUCCUUUGAUGAUGUAUUACUAAAUAAUGAGAUGAUUUAUUUAUAUGAUAACAGCAUUAUAAUAUAUAUAAUAAAGGAGAUUGGACAAGAUGGACAGGACCUUAGUAAUAGUGAGUUAAUAAUCCAAUGGAACUCCUCCCAAUUAUGUGAUUUGGUAGUAGAUACUCUUUCAUUCAUUAUUCUGGACUUUAUUAAUUUUUUAUCAGAAAAUAGCCAAAAUGAAAAUAGUUUAUUAAAUAUCGAAAUAUACAAUACUUUAAGAUCAUGUAUAGAAAAUAACUAUGGAUCAUGUAUAAAUGGUAUCCAUCCUCAAGUAAAAGACCAAAUUAGAGAGAAAAAUCUCGAAAUUGAAGAAUCAAAUCUAAAAAAUGAUGAUUUUCCAAACUUUUACUUUUUAUUGAAAGACACCAGAGAUAAUUCAAAUAAUAUAAUAGUUAAUAUACUUUAUAAGGAAAGAGUUAUCUUAACAGUACCUAAUGAUAAUAACGAGAUUAAAGAAAGGAUUUAUAACUUAAUACAAAACAUUGAAGACUCUACAUUACCAAUUCAGCUACUAUAA